GGGUAGGUGAAAGGCUAUCGUUUAUGAGCCCCGUAAUAAUCGUUGAAUAGUCUUUCAUCGGUUGAUGUAAAAUGAGCGGGUAUCAAGGAUUUCCCGCUAAAACGUCCGGUGACUCUACUCUCGAUAACUCAAAACCAUUAUUUGUUUGUUUGCGUUUGCGGUUGCACCUGAUACCAUAUCAUCAUCAUCAUCAUCAUUAUUAUCAUUUAUCACACACACUAACCAUAAACUAUCAAUAUCAAUCAAAACAAAACUAAUACAACUCGCUAUCCUUUCUUUUCGCGGCAAUUUUAUUCCUCGCCGACACUUCUUUCUUCUUCUUCAUUCUUUUUCCCUUCCAAUUUUAACAUUUCCUUAUUUAUUUUAUUUAACAACACACCUUUUCUUUUCUGUUAUAAAUAUUUUAUUAUUAUUAUUCCAUACUUGAUCUGUUGUUCUAUUCAAGAUAUAUUUAAUUUAGUUGAAGCAGGUAGGCUGGCUGAUGCAAUUAAGCGGUAAAUUCAGUUAAAAAAGCAUGUCGUUAUCAAACCAUUUAUUUAGGAACAUAUAUUUGCAGGACUUGUUCUGUAAAUUGAAGGAGGAAUUCAAAUAAGAGAUGUUCUGUGAUUGAACAGAACAAAACAAAACAGAAUGACAGUUGAAAAGAGGUUUGUUUUGGUUGGGAUUAGAAUAGAUAGCCAUAGCAGAGAGCUUCUCAAUUGGGCUCUUGUGAAAGUUGCUGAGCCUGGGGAUUGUGUUCUUGCUGUACAUGUACUUAAAACUAAAAGUUCAGAUUGUAUUUCCCAAAAUAAGAGCCUCAUGGAUGGCUAUUUAGAGGUUUAUAAAGGCUUGUGUCAUGCAAAGAAGGUUGGUCUUUCUGGUCAAAUCAUAACAGGAAGGUCCAUUAAAAACAUUCUUGUUAGAGAAGCAAAAAACCAUCAUGCUCUGUCUCUAGUGGUGGGGGGUCGAGCUUCCACAGCUAAAUAUUGCGCCAAACGACUUCCACCCACCACCAAUGUUCUAGCCAUCCGAGAUUCAAGAGUUGUUUUCAGGAGGUGCACCAAUAAACAACCACCAGGUAGUCUUAUAUUGGAUCCAAGACCAAGUUUAACAAGCAUAGAUAACCUGAGUGACAGAACAAUCCAGUCAGAAUUUGGUUGCUCCACGGAGGAAGAAGAAAAAUCACUAUGCCAAAAUACCAAAGAAUUGAAAGAAGAAACAAUUGACGAAUCAGAAAGGUACAAGUCAAGGUUGAUAUCUAUUUUUGCAGGCAAAGCUUCUAAGCAGAAGCUUGGAUGGCCUCUACUCCGCAGAGCGACUUCAGAAAUCUCACAAAGGCCUCAUGGAAGAAGGGACAUGUCAGUAGUACAAUGGGUAAUGAGCUUACCGGACCGUUCACCACAUAGUAGUCCUCAAUCAUCUUCCCCUGAUGAAAACCCAUUCGAAAGGAGCAUCAGUGACAUUGAGGAUGAAAGCUUCAAAAAUUAUUUACUUCCAUCUGUUGUACUACCAAAAGGCCUAGAAGGGAUAUUAAAUGUAAAUUCACUCAAUUGCAUGUGGUUUAGCCUUGAGGCUCUCAAAUCUUGCACUAGCCAAUUCUCUUCAGAAAACUUGAUUGGGAAAGGAGGGAGCAACCGUGUGUAUAAAGGAGUUCUCUCUGAUGGAAAGCCAAUUGCAGUUAAAGUAUUGCAGUCAUCAAAAGAAGCCUGGAAAGAUUUUUCUUUUGAGAUAGAAAUAAUAUCCUCAUUGAAGCACAAAAACAUUUCUCAACUACUUGGGAUUUGCAUAGAGGACAAUACUUUAAUAUCUGUUUAUGAUUAUUUCCCCAAAGGCAGCUUAGAGCAAAAUCUACAUGGAAAGAACAAGGAUGAAUCCUUUUUGUCAUGGGAAGUGAGAUUUAAUGUAGCUGUUGGAAUAGCUGAGGCCCUAGAUUACCUACACACAGAAGCUUUGAAGCCUGUUAUACAUAGAGAUGUCAAGUCUUCAAACAUUCUUCUUUCCGAGGGGUUUGAACCACAAUUGUCUGAUUUUGGACUUGCAAUAUGGGGACCAACAACAACAUCCUUUUUGACACAAGAAGAUUUGGUAGGAACAUUUGGUUACCUUGCUCCUGAAUACUUCAUGUAUGGAAAAGUCAGUGAAAAAAUAGAUGUGUAUGCCUUUGGUGUAGUACUACUUGAGCUAAUAUCAGGUAGGGAGCCAAUUAGCUCUGAACCUUGCAAAGGACAGGAGAGCUUGGUUGUUUGGGCAAAACCAAUAAUAGAGAAUGGGGAUAUUAAAGAUUUGUUGGACCCAAAAUUAGAAGGGAACUUUGAUGAGACCCAAAUGCAAAGAAUGGUUUUGGCAGCAUCUUUAUGCAUCACAAGAGCUGCUAGACUUCGUCCUAAAUUAAAACAGAUACUGAAGAUCCUAAAAGGAGAUAAUGAAGUUGAAUAUUGCUUCAAUGAGCAUUCAGACAAUGAAGAAAACAUUGAUGACGAAGUGUAUCCAAAUUCAAGUGCAGAGUUACACCUAAGUCUUGCAUUACUUGGUGUUGAUGAUGACACUACAUCAUGUAGUAGUACAGACCACAGCUAUAGUGAAUACUUGAAAGACCAAUGGAGCAGGUCUUCCAGUUUUAAUUAGUUUCUUUCAAUUCUAUAACACCUAUUUCUCAUUAGUUUGUGCAUGUACAGUUAAAUUAAAAAAAAGGAAAAUAAAAGGGUUACCCCGUUGAUGAGGGGUUUG